UGCAACUCGACAUAUGAUCUUGAGCAAGGAGCAUUCACCUUGGCUCCAGAGAUAGUUCCCAUCGGCCCCCUUCUACCAAGCACCCGGCUUGGAAAUCCAGCUGGCCACUUCUGGACAGAGGACUCUGAUUGCUUAAAAUGGCUCGACCAGCAGCCACCCUGCUCAGUCAUAUAUGUUGCAUUUGGCAGUUUAACUGUUUUUAACAAACUUCAGUUUCAUGAAUUAGCUCUAGCACUUGAGCUCACCAAUAGGCCAUUCCUAUGGGUCAUGCGACCAGAGUAUACAAAUGGAGCUACCGAGGCAUUCCCUGAAGGAUUCUUGGACCGAGCAUCGACCGAAGGAAAAUUGAUAGGCUGGGCACCACAGCAGAAAGUCUUAAGUCAUCCUUCAACUGCUUGCUUCUUAAGUCACUGUGGUUGGAACUCAACUGUAGAAAGCGUGAGCAAUGGCGUCCCAAUACUCUGCUGGCCUUACUUUGCUGAUCAGUUCAUUAACCAGAGCUACAUCUGCGAUAUCUGGAAAGUCGGACUGCAAUUUGAGCAAGACGCUAGUGGGAUAAUCACCUGUGAAGAAAUCAAAAACAAGAUGGAUCAACUACUUGGUGACAGUAAUUUCAAAGAACGAGCUCUGCAUCUUAAGGAACUAAUGAUGAGGAGUGUAAGAGGAGGUAAAUCUAGCAAGAAUCUUAAUGAUUUCAUCGAAUGGAUAAAGAAAUAAACAGAUUUAUAUUGUGAACGAUAUUGCAAUUUUUCUACAGAUCACCUGAUUAAGCCUGUAAUCCUCAUUUUCAUGUUUUAUGUAAAAUGUGUAAUUUCAACAAAGAGAGAUUUAACA